UAGGUAGCUAGCUGCUAGAGGUUGGCCGUUGGGCCUGACGAGGGCGCGGGCGUUUGUUGUCACGGUGCGCUCCACCUGCGUUCCUUUUGAACUGCUUGGCAUUGGCUUUCGGGGUUGAGAGGCCGGCGCUACAGGAGUACCUACUUCGUUGUUUGCAUCUUCUAAAUUUAGACAGACUGUCAAAAGACCGGUUUCAACCGGGGCAUCAGAGAAAGCCAGUGCAAGAACUUCGACCAAAGGAGAACGUGGGAGUACAAAUUGCCGACGCGCUCGCUGAGCCGCGAUGCUGGAGAAGGCGGGCAUGGGCCCGGACCCAAAAGCAUGGGUACUGGAGGAGCUCCUGGCGGAGGGGGACACCUCAUUGGAGCUGAUACAAGCCUGUCAGAUCCCAGCGGAGGUUCUGGACGCUGCGCCCCUCCUGUUGAAGCAGCGGUUUGCGCUGCACCUGCUCCGGGACGUUUUGCAGGGGGGCAGAGUGCCUGGGGCUGUGCUCCAGCUAGUCAAGCUUCUGGCCGUCCCCCAGCUGGGUGGGGAAGACAACACGGAUUCGCUGACGUCAGAAGUCAAGCUGCAGGUUUGUAUCAGCAUCCUGAAGGGUGAAGAAGGCUCAUCCCGCAGGAACUGGAAGGGCUUUGCCAACUGCGUGACCCAGCUCUUUGGGAACGAGGAAGACCAGUCGGAAGCUGCAAAAGCUGCCCAUGACGACCUGAAGACAGUGCUACAGUCCACUGCCAAGAAACACCGCGAAGCGGCUCUGGAGAAGCUCCUGGAGAAGCACCCAGUUGACAACGUCUUGAACGACUUAAAGGCGCUCCUGGAUACGGCUACACAGCACAUGCCAACAACAACGACGCUUAAGCGGCUCGAAGAGAACCCGUAUGCCCCCCAGCCCGUCCCAUCAACCAAUACUGUAAGGGAGGGCACCUUGGGAGGCCGCGCUCUAGAAAACGGCAGCGGCGGGGCGGCGACAAAGGUGCAGAAUGGCGGGGCCGACAACGCGAUGGUUGCAGACUUUGGUGCACCAGAAGAUGAUCAAGAUCAACCUCCGGAGGCGACUCACGACGCGCCCACCCCCACGGCUGUGAAGCUUGGCCCCCGACGCAAGGUCACCGAAAAGCGGCCGGAGGCGCCGCCGGGCCUUCUCGAGGACUCUCCGUUGCAAUCCUCGCCGGAUCUAGGUCCUCCAAAACGCGGCCGCAAACCAGGGGUCGGCAAGAGGAAACGCGCGAUCCUUUCCGACUCGGAGGGGGGUUCACCCGGCAUGGAGCUGGCACUGAUGGAGUCCCCCCCAAAACGAGGGCCCGGCCGGCCGAGGAUCCACCCGAAGCCGGAUCCGGAGCAGCCGAAGCGCCCGAGGGGCCGUCCGAGAGUGUACGAAAACGGCGCGCCCCCCCGGUCGCCUAUGAGGCGGCGCAAGAGCGGGCCUGCGAAGGCGGGGAUGGCGAGUCCAGAGCAGGCGUCGCCGCUUGGGGGGAGGGCAGAGAGAGGGGGGGGAGCUGGGCCCGUGCAAGGGGGGGCGGUGAAUGUUGCCGACGAGGAGGAAGAGGAGACGACCCCCCUGAAGCGGAGGAGGGUUGUGGCGGAUAAGCGGGGAGCCGGCGUUGGCGGCGAUCGUGCUGGCCCACAGGCUGAGAACGUUGAAUUCCCUCCGGUAGACGACGAUGUCGGCGCACCCCCCCAGGACUCUCAAAUGGACGACGCCCUCAGCCCCCCGGACCACCAACCCCCUCCAACCCUUCCCGAAAAUCUCCCACCAGGGGGGGCCAGCGCUCCCCCCAGAGAGGGGGCCCGGCGGAAGGGCCUGAAAAUGUUGGAGGAACUAGAGAUGGCGAGUAGGGGGGCCGAGGCGGUGGAUGUUGCGAUGCCGGAGCUCGGACCUGAGGAGGAAGCGGGAGGGGACCACAAUGCGCAGUUCUUGACGCUGACAGAGGACGGGAGUAACGACUGGUGCUGCCUUUGCGACGCCAAGGUGGAGGACGUCGGGGCGCUGCUGCUGUGCACAGGCUGUGCGAAUGCGACCUGCUAUGCGUGCGCGGGCGUCAGCGAGACACCCCCGCUCGAGUACAUUUGUCCGUUGUGCCUGGCGAAGUUGAAGAAGAAGCGCGAGAAAGAGAUUCGGGCCAAGCUAGAGGCUACGCGAAGGCUAAAUCACGACGGUCCCCCUGCUUCGCUGCCCGGCCCCAGCGCCCCCCCGCCAGGCCCCGUCUCCCGUCUCGUAGAGCAUCUCGAGCCUGGGCCGUCCACUCAGCCCCCCCCACCCCCCGAGGAGUGCCAGUCUGAGCCUAGGGAGGCGGACGAGCGCCCGGGGCCGUCUACCGGGCAGGACAUUCCGGGCCAGGAAGAGAUGCCGGAGCUGCCGGACGAGGAGCCCGGGGCGGCCGAGAACGGGGACGCGAAGAAGGAAGAGGCGGAGGCGAAAGCUGAGGAGCGGACCAGGAGUGAGGAGGGGCGUCGGAACAACCGGUACUGGUCCGACGAGGAGAUCAAGAGGCUGAAAGAUGCUUUUGCAAUGUAUGUAAAGGACGAGAACAAGCACCGCAUUCCGUGGGAGGCUAUCCGGGCUUACGGGCUACGCCACGGCGUCUUUCAAGAGCGUAGGGGUGUGGAUCUGAAAGACAAGUGGAGAAACCUUAAGAAAGCCGAAGAGAAGGCCGCGUUGGCUUAGCCCAUUUCUACACUAGUUGGAUUUUAGACCGGAAACUUGACCAAUGUGCUUUCAUUUAACCAAUUAUGGCGGUAGUAUCCAAAUGGCUCGUUUGUUGCUGGUGUACAACCAUCGUGAUAUACCUAGAAGCAACUAUGUCGGCGGCCGGACUUGGUUCGAGUCUUGGCGCUGAGACUGGUCUUUGUGUGGUACAACAAACAAGAGACCAAGGAGUCCUUCGCAAGUUGCAAAUGAAUUGACGUUAAGCAUGG